UCCAUUGCCGUUGCUAUAGUAAAUCGCAGACAAAAACACUAAAAAAUUAAAUUAAAUUAAGAAAAAGUGCAUUGUUUUGCUAAAAAUGUGUAGAUAUGGCUGCUCGAGACCAAUGACUUGAUGUUUAAGAUGGAUUAGGGAUUCACUGCCGCCAAUCAUAGGCAAAUUGAGUGCCGUGACGAAAGUCCAAUCGAUUGUUGACCGAAAUAAAAAUAAACCAAACAAUUGGUUAAAUAUAGCACUAACCGAAGGUUAAAACCAUGUUAUAUAGGAUCAAGCUACUGGAAAGAACUACAAAUUGAUUACGGCUGUAAAAUACGACCAAUGUUUUGUGGGUGUGGUCUAUAGCACACAGGUGUGGGCAGCCCUCAACUCCGGGUGAUACAUGCUAUAAGGAAACCCCACCAGACAUGCGGCUGGACACUCAACUGACCAACGGAUAAGCAAUAACUAGCAACUAGUAUUCAGGCAACCCACGUAAACUUCCAUUAGACACGGUUUUAGCCAUGUUUUCCGACGACACCGAUGAGCUGGACACCAUCGCCGAUGUGAUGGGUCUGCGGUCGCAGGCGCGUCUCAAUACCUUUCGCGAAAUGUGGUACCAUGUCUUUCUGUGGGCCCUGUUCUCCUCCAUUUUCAUCCACACCUGCGCCGCCCUGGUGGCCUUCGUCACACUGCGUAAACACAAGUUCGGGCGAUUCUUCUCGAUCCUGAUCCUGGUCAUGGGAUUCCUGUCGCCGGCCUCGAGUGGCAUCAUCAGCAGUGCGGUCAUUGCCUUCGUGCAUCGCGCCUCCAGUCUGCCCAUGUCGCCCAUAUACGCCAUGAUCUGGGGCCUUGGGCAGACCAUCGUCUCGGCCUGCCUGGGUUUCACUCGGAUUCUGGCCACUCUUUAGAGUACGGACUGCAGUUUUUCACUCACCACUCACAGCACUCUCAUCAUCGUCGCCCAAUCCAAUCCAAUGUUCACAGAGUUCCGACUUUCGAUCGGACAUAUUAUCAAUUCUUCAGGUGUGCAAACAACAAUUAAUUGAAUUCAUAGUUAUGUGUGUAUAGGAACAUUGUGAUUUUUUAAAUUAUACCUUAUACGAUGAGAAGGAUAAUGUAAAAUAUUUAGCUCUUACUUUAACAUUUAACUCUAAUUGUACAUACUUUAGGAAGCUAAUAUAUAUGAGCAGAUUCUAAAGCUAA